AUGGAACACUGUUCAACUCACCAACAGAUUACAAAUAACUUGCCCACAAUAAUGACACGAUUGUCAAUGCUUUGCAUGAUCAUGAUGACUUGUGUUCUCCUCCCGCAUAUUGUCGAAAUGAAGCCUCUCAAGAAACCUGAGGAACUCCCUCCAUAUGCUGAUGAGGAAGUGCCUAUAAAAUCCCCAAAAGAAGUCAAAGCCGCUGAGAAGCCCGAUCCGAAGACGGACGCUGCGAAAGAGAAAGAUGUGAAGAAGGCUGGAGAAGAGAAGGUUGUGCAGGAAGUUAAAACGGAAAAAGAAGUGAAGAAGGCCACAGGAGAGAAGGCUGUAGAGAACGUGAAGGGAGAGAAGGAUGUGAAGAAAGGCACAGAAAAGAAAGAAGUUAAGAAGGUGAAAUCAGAGAAGGAUUUGAAAAAGGCAAAAUCAGAGAAAGAUGUGAAGAAGUCGAAAUCGAAGAAGGAUAAGAAGAGCGUUAAAGGUAAGAAGGAUGACUGCGAUGAUGAUGAUAAGGACGACGAUGAUAAGGAUGACGAAGAUGAUGAUGAUGACAAGGAUGACAAGAAGAAGAAAGAUAAGAAGAAAGCUAAAGCUGAAAAGAGCAAAAAAGGCGCUAAAACAGUAAAGGGCAAGAAGGACGCCAAAUCUGAAACACCCAAGAAAGAUGCUAUAGCUGAAAAGACCGUGAAGGGGAUCAAGCAAGAGGCUGAUAUAAAGGUCUCCAAUGUUGAGAAAAAUAUUAAGAAGGUGUAAAUAUGCAGCUUUUCGAUUAAGUCGGUUUUGUUUCCGAAGGUGAGGAACUGAAGUGAUAUGUAU